AUGUGGUCCAAAGUGGUGAUUUUGAUCGUUUUUGCAUCGUUGCAGGUUGUGGAAUCCCAUCCGACCGAUUGUCAGAUAUAUUACAACAAUCCUCAUCGGCCACGAACAGCCGUAGCUGCAGCGGAUUUUUUACGACGAUAUGGAUUUCUGAAAUCAAGUUGCUCUUUCAAUCCUAUCAAAAGAACAUUCAAGGAUGACCUCUUAGAGGCUAUCGUUAAUUUCCAAGAAUAUAAUAAUCUGAAGAUAACAGGAAAGCUUGAUGAGGAUACUUUAGAUCUGAUGGGUACAGAUAGAUGUGGUGUACCAGAUGUAAUGGAUGAUUUUAGUGUGACCAUAAUUUCCAAAAGACGCCGCGGUCGUCGGCAAACAAAAGUAUCAGCUCGGCGAUGGAGAAAGACCAAUCUGACCUACAGUAUAGGAUCUUACAGUGAUGACCUUUCACCUGGUGUAGUUGAUGCUAUUAUAAAAGAGGCUUGGAAAGUCUGGUCUGAUGUAACUCCUUUGACAUUUACACAAAUCGAUCGUUCUGAAUAUGAUGCAGAUAUGGAAAUAGCCUUUGUGAAAGGAGUCCAUGGCGAUGCUGACCCGUUCGAUGGACCUGGUGGAGUUGUAGCUCAUGCUUUCUAUCCUGGACCGUCCGAUGUACCAUUGUCUGGUGAUACUCAUUUUGAUGACGAUGAGCGAUGGACGCUUGUUAAAGAAGAAACUGGUCGCAGAUUGUUAUGUGUUGCUAUACAUGAAUUUGGACAUACUCUGGGGUUGGAACACACCAACAGAAAAGAUUCAGUAAUGUAUCCGUGGAGAAGAAAUUGUGGAAAUGGUUCCUUGUCGGACUACGACAUGAUCCGCAUACAGGCAAUUUAUGGAGCAAAUACAAAAACUGGAAUAACGCCAUCAUCAAAUUUUAACAUGAGCUCCAUAACCCCGAUACGUUUUACCACCCAAGCCACGAAAACUACCACUGAAGCCACAACACCUACUGUGGAUACCAUUGAACCUGUUUGUACGACCGCUAUUAUUAAUACUUGUACCACAGAGGCCGCUACCACAACUACUAUUGAAACAACUACGAUGACUGAAGCAACUACAACGACCACAGAAGCAACCGAAGCAACCAAACCCACUGAACAAACAACACCUUCGAUCAUUCCUGGAGUAACCCGACAUCCAUGGUGUCCAGAAGAUGGUAAACUGGAUGCUAUUGACGUUUGUUCUGAUGGUAAAACCUAUGGAUUCAAAGGAAAGAAGGUUUACCAGUUUACAUCUGAAGGAGUUGUCGAUGGAUUUCCAAAGUUGAUCUCUUCUGUCUUUCCCUAUGCUCCGGAAACUGUAGACUCGGCUGUGACUAUCUCCACUAAAACAUUCUUUAUCAAGAAAGUCAGGACAUAUAUCUUUAAGGGAGACAAGGUUUGGAAGUACACCUAUCAGAAAAAUUGGGGUAAACCAAAGUUCGUUUUAAGAAAAGGUUAUCCUAAAUCAAUUAAAGAGAAGUUUGGUAUAAACGUCAAGAAAAUUGAUACAGCCUUUAAUGUCAAGAAACACAAGAGAAUAUAUCUUAGUGAGGGAGACAAGUUAUGGCUCAUCAAAUUCAUGGCUAUUGGAAAUCCAAGAGCCAGUAAACCCAUCCAGAUAUCGAAACAUCCAACUCUCUCAUAUUUAAAGAACGUCGACGCAGCAGUCCGAUAUACCAAUGGCGCCUAUUACUUUUUCAAGGGAGAUUACUACCAUCGACUAGUGCCUUAUUACGGUUCCAAAGCCCGAUGGACUCAUCCUCGUUAUUCUCUUAUCUGGUGGUUUGACUGUAAAAUUCCAGGAACGGAAGGUGUCCAAAGACCUGCAGGUGAAUCUACGGAGAGUCAAUGGGCAUCCACUGUUGAUUUGAAUGAAUUAUAA